AUGCACGCCAAAAUUAUCAUGCAACAACUCUGGCAAUUGAAGAUUGACUGGGACGAAUCCCUGCCGGCCAACAUCCAUACAGAAUGGACCGAAUACGAGAGGUCAUUACAAGAACUAAAUCAAAUCGAAUUCGGUCGACACGUAAGUCUCACGAACGCGGAAAGACUCGAGAUACACGGGUUUUGUGACGCAAGCGAACGGGCCUACGGCGCCUGUCUAUACGCACGGACUAUCAAUGCACGCGGCCAAAUCCAGACCAGCCUAAUCUGCGCAAAAUCCCGCGUCGCACCCCUGAAGACCGUCACGCUAGCGCGUUUGGAACUCUGCGGCGCCGUCCUCCUAACGUCACUUUACGAAACAGUUCGCGACGCCAUCACACAAGACAUCCACACUACCGUUUUCUGGACCGAUUUGACGAUCGUUCUCAACUGGUUAAAUAAACCACCGUCCACAUUAAAAACUUUCGUCGCGAAUCGCGUAGCCGACAUUCAAGGAAAAACCGACAUCUCGUCAUGGCGCCACAUCAGAUCGAAGGAUAAUCCGGCCGAUCUACUUUCUCGAGGCAUCACGCCUGGGAAAUUUCUCAGCAAUGCACUUUGGCGAUGCGGACCAGAAUGGCUCUCUCAAACAGAGGCCACAUGGCCCAACUCGAGACACAUUCCCUCAAACGACGUACCAGAAACAAAAAAGAUCACGUGCCUCGCCACCGCAAUCAACCAAUCCAACGACAUGCUUACCCGGUAUUCCUGCAUCCAAAAACUACGGCGAAUUGUAGCAUAUUGUCUACGUCUGGUGCCUGCCCGUCGCAACACAGGCCCCUUGACCAUCAAAGAGCUACAAGAAGCCAACAUCCGCAUCAUCAGGUCCGUUCAGUCAGUCACAUUUACACAAGACAUAAAAAACCUAAAAUCCGGAGAAUUACACCCUAGAAGCAAACUUCGAUCUCUGCACCCGUUCCUCGACAACGAGGGUAUCUUGCGCGUGGGGGGUCGCCUCCAAAAUUCCACAUUAGCAUUCGCUCAGAAGCACCCAAUUUUAUUGCCAAGGAGUCACCACGUGACUGAUUUAAUCAUCCGCGACGCUCACACGAAAGGUCUUCAUUCAGGCAUCACCGCAACCUUGCAUGACGUGCGCCAAACAUAUUGGCCCAUCGAUGGAAGGAAUGCAACCAGAAAAAUUGUACGGCAAUGCGUAAGGUGCUUUCGGGUUAAUCUCCCCACGGUCGACUACCUGAUGGGAAAUUUACCUGCGGCACGCGUCACCGAAAGUCGACCAUUUCAGAACUCCGGUGUCGAUUAUUGCGGCCCCUUUUACAUAAAGGAGCGACGGCACCGAAAUCGCACCCGCAUAAAGGUAUACGUUGCCGUAUUUACCUGUUUCGUGACAAAGGCAGUACACCUCGAAGUAGCAGGCGACUUGACGACGGAUGCCUUCAUGGCGGCCCUCAAACGGUUCGUCGCACGCAGGGGGGCCUGCCAAAACAUGCAUUCGGACAACGGGACCAACUUUGUCGGGGCCGACAACGAGCUAAGGGAAAUUUGCAGGACACUCCCAACGGACGAAAGGUUGCAAAACUUCCUCACCACAAAAGGAAUCACGUGGCAUUUCACGCCGGCUCUGUCUCCGCAUUUCGGGGGACUGUGGGAGGCCGCUGUAAAGGCCUUCAAACAUCACAUCAAACGAGUCGUCGGUGAAGAAUUAUUCACCUUCGAACAAUUCAACACUUUUGUAGUCGAAGUCGAAGCCAUUCUAAACUCGCGUCCGCUCACUCCCCUCUCUCCCGAUCCAAACGAUAUAUCGCCUUUGACUCCUGGUCACUUCCUGAUUGGCAGCUCUUUAACGGCCAUUGCCGAGACCGAUUUCAGGGCAACCCCGGACAAUAGACUGUCGACCUGGCAACACAUCCAGAAGGUGAAACAAGACUUCUGGACCAGGUGGCACAAGGAGUAUAUUCACCAACUUAACGUUCGCCACAAAUGGACAAGUGGUUCACACUGUAUUCGAGAAGGGACCAUCGUUGUGCUGAAGGAGGACAACACUCCUCCCUUAUGCUGGCACCUGGGACGAGUCCAGCAGGUCCAUCCAGGAGCUGAUGGAAUCAUCAGAGCAGUCACCGUUCGAACCGCAAACGGCGUCUUCAAACGAAACGUGAAGAAGCUGGCACCACUUCCCGAUCCAGGACCUUCACCGCAGUACGACGGGAAUCAAGGAAAAAUAGACAUUACAUAGUUAAUCGUGUUAGUCGAUCGUACCGAUCAACGGGGGGGAGCAUGUUCCAUCGCGAAGGAACAAACACGUGGAGGCUUUGCGACCGGGUUUACGACACGGACGUGACCAUAGUUGGGCUGCAGUCAAGGACACUUUCACAACCAUUUGGCGUCCAGAUUGUCCGGAUGCCAUCCGGACAUAGCAUAAAAUCACAAGGCAGACGUUUUUUCUUUAUUUUUUUGCUCAUCGUAAA